AUGACACACAUCAUAGUCGUCUGUCUCUGGGUCGUCACUAUUCUCCCGUUGUAUCUGCACACAGGUGAUUGUGCAAAGAUCAUUGGUGGAGUGGAGGUGGUGCCUCACUCUUUACCCUACAUGGCCCGAUUGGAGAACGGCAAAGGUGAUCUAGUCUGUGGAGGGAUCCUCAUCAACGAGUCAUGGGUCCUGACUGCAGCCCACUGUAAAGUAAAAAAGGGCUUGUCCUCACAUUUAAUAAAGACGGUCAAUCUGGGUGUCCACUCCGUAAAUGCAACUGAGAAGGCUUACAGACAGGUCAGAGAUGUGGAGAACCACGUUCCUUAUCCCUACUACAACGCUGCGGACCACCGCCACGACAUCAUGCUGCUACAGCUGACGAAACCAGUGGAGCUGACCAAGACUGUGGACAUCAUGAGUCUACCCGAUCCUGUAUGGGACGUCCCGGCUGGGACAGAGUGCUCUGUGGCCGGAUGGGGAUUAACGAUAGAAAACGGUAACAGAUCAGCCCAGUCUGAUGUCCUGCUGUCUGUAAACGUCACCGUGAUCAACAGAGCCAAGUGUAAUUCCGGAAAAUACUACAACUUCAACCCUAUCAUCUAUGGAGGCAUGCUGUGUGCUGGUUACGUUGGAUGUCAGCAGCCGGCUGAUGCUUGUCAGGGAGACUCUGGUGGCCCGUUGAUGUGUGGAGGUAAACUAAGGGGAGUCGUGUCCUUCGGGUAUGGAUGUGGUCGCAAGACCAAACCUGGGGUGUACACACUCAUAUCUAAAUACCAGGACUGGAUCAAUACAAACAUCCAGACCGCUGGCUGA